AUGAACUGGACAGGCGGCCGCCUCCCCCGACAUUCUGCCUCAAGUGGCCCACAGCCCAAGUACAAAAGACAAGGAAUUGGGAAGUCAAGAUUGGAUGCAUCUCAAGGUCCCCGACAAGUUACUCUAUUCGACAAGGUUUCGCAAUCUAAGAAGCUAGACUCCGAUGGAAAUACACUCAACAGGCAUCAACAGCCUCCCAUUCCGCCACCUUUAUCUUCGAACCAAGCAACCGCUCGUGUAGAGCACAUAAAACGCCACCUCCUAGAGAAGACCGACUGGGCUGCCGUCUCAGCUGCCCGUCCACUUAAGAUCAGCUUCCCGUCACCAGAAGAGCUAGCUCAGUUUGGGAAAAGACGGAAGCGGACCGAAGGAGGCUGA